AUGUUUACUGUCAAUGCCUCUCAGAUCGCAAAUACGAAUUUUGAUAAUAGUACUGGGAAUGGAUGCAACUGUGUGGAGUUCAUAAAUGGCACACUCACAAUCAAUGGGACAUCAGUCGAGAAUGGUACAGUUGAUACUGAAACGGUUGAACUUGGAACGUCAGAGUUCUACGCGGUCUUCGCGAUGAACUAUUGUGAAGGACAAUAUCUACCAGACUAUCAGGAUCCUGAUGCUGGCGCAGUCCUCACUCGAUGCAAGAAACCAUCUCUUGGAAACCAUUUCAACCUUGCAACAAUUGUCGAAGAUGCGAUCGAGAACGUCGGCAAACUAUUGGAAUUGUCCUUGGAUCUCGAUGACUUAGACUGGCCCGAGGGAAUCACAAGCGCAUUCUUAUAUGUCAAAUCAGCAGGAUCGGCACUGAUGGCUUUUCUCAUCAUUGGACUGCUGUUUCUCCUGAUAUCAGUAUUGGUCGCAGCUCUUGGCCUUUUCUUGGAGAACAGAUUUGUGACAAUUCUGUUGGUUGUCACCUCUGUGCUCGCAACCAUUAGCCUAGGUAUAGCAGCCGGCAUUGCCACAGCCGUUAUCACCACAGUCGUGAAUGGGAUCAAUGUAAGCGGCGAUGACGUUGGAAUAUCAGCAGAACAAGGGAACUAUUUCAUGGCAAUGAUCUGGAUAGCUGUUGCCCUAUUGUUUCUCUCUUCUUUAACGUCAUUAGUCCAAAUAUGCACCAAGUCUACAUCCAGUGGUGCAGGAAGCAGAUCGCAGAGAAUGAAGAUGGGCUCGAAGGAAGGCUAUGGUAUGCCCAUGAUAUCUCCAAGAUAUUAUAGAGGCUCCAUGCCCUAUUACAUGCCAAUGGGCAUGAACGAUGAUCCUUAUAUGGAUCCUUAUUCGUCAAGGAGAAACUUAAGAGACGACGAGUAUGAAGAGUUUAGGUAA